AUGGUCGCUAUCAGCGAAUUUCCUCCGAUUACUGGUGAACCCGCCGUCAUCAGCCGGACUGGCCCUCCCAAGGUUACGGGUGCGACGGGAAAAGAUGGAAUCAUCAAACCGUUCAAAAUUCGGGAAAUCUCUGAUGAAGAAAUUGAUUGGAAUGAGAAACCGGAGGUCUCGGAAACCUCUGGGCUAAUGAGCUGGGAUCUUCAAAUUGAUUAUUCGCCCGUAAUAAGUGACCUGAGGUUCAUUAUCGUGCGCACCUUAAUCCCGGAUCAAUCUGUCUUGUACCAGCAGGUGAACUUGGAAACGAUGGUUCCCAUCGAAGAUGCUUUUAUGCAGGCAGAAUGGGUCCAACUCGACGAUGGGUCAACGACUGUCGAGACGAACGGAACUUUGUACAGAGGCGAAUUUGACGACAAGCCGACGAGAGGCCUUUGCGAUCAAUUCGAGGCAAGAGACAGUGCGGCGUUACGUGCACUGAAGCAGCCCGGAUGGGAGGAGCUAUAUCCGCCUGCAGAAUACAACAUUAUGUAUACCGUGCACCGCGGGAAACUCUACUUGACCUGGCGUAUCAGAUUUGACCUAACUCAAGAAGUCGAUGACGAAUUCGUGGUGUGGGUCAGCGCUCGGGACUGCAAGCAUAUCGUCGCCGCAGCGAGUAUUCACCAGCGUUUAGCCUUGACUUUGGAGGAUGUCAUCGAUGACCAGAAGAGGUUAUUUAAAGAGCGAGGGAUCCCUCUCAAGCAACCUGGGACGAAAAGAAGCGGCGAAGCUCUCUAG